AUGGAGGAGUUUGUUGAUGCGAGAUCAAAAGCUAUUUAUGAUAAAUACGUACAACUGAAGGAGGCUGCUACACAUCAACAGGAGGGAAGCAAUGAGUCGACGCCCAUAAAUGAGGCCCAACUGUACUACGAAGCGGUUGAUGGACAGAAAAAGAGUCGAGUUUAUGGGUUAGGGUCCCAGGCCUCAGCAUAUUUUCAUGAGCCAUCUCAUUGUUCUGCAUCAUACACGUCUGCACCCCCAGUGGAUCCUCCUACAGUUGAAACAAUGAACAGGAUGCAGAAUAAAAUUGAUCGACUAAAGACAGAGAAUAGUCGAAUUACCACAAGGUUGGACGAGUUGCAGACGAUUAUGCAUAGGAUGAUGGCACAACAGGGUAUUGGGACAUCCACUCAGACAUCUGGUCCUACGGCACCUCCAGCUCCGUCUCCACAGCAGCGGCGUGAGGGUGCUCCUGUCAUUGGUGAUCAUUAUACAGAUAGUGAUGAUGAUACAGAUGAUGAGCUAGCUAGUUUAGUUUAG